AAAAAGCGGGUAAAGCGGUGCCGCCAUUCGCCCGUCUGGCCUCUAUUUCUGCCGUUCUGAAAGUUGUCCCAAAUCCAACCGGUUGGAAACACACUAUAAACCCUAGCUAAAACCCUUAAUCAGUAACUCCGCAAUCUCUCUCCUCCACUAAAGCUCUGCAACUAACUCUUGAUUUCGUUGAAUACUACCAUUCCAAUUCGCAUCAUCAAUCUUUCGAUUAUCAUCUUGCUAGAAAUUUGGUAGAAUCAAAGGCAAAUUAGCAGAAGUGUCGGAAAUCGAAGAAGAAAAAAGUGAGAAAAGACAAUAAAAUGGAGGUUGAUAGGGAGGAUGGGCGUACGGCAACAAUGUUGAGACCUUUGGCUUGUUCUAGAAGUGUCCUUAAUCGUGCUCACGGCUCUGCUAGUUGGUCCCAAGGGGAUACCAAAGUGUUAGCUGCAGUUUUCGGACCAAAGGCUGGGACUAAGAAAACCGAAAAUCCGGAGAAGGCUUCAAUUGAAGUUAUUUGGAAGCCCAAAACUGGACAAAUUGGGAAAUUGGAGAGGGAGUAUGAGAUGAUAUUGAAGAGAACAUUACAAAGCAUCUGUAUAUUGACUAUCAAUCCAAAUACAACCACCUCAGUAAUUAUCCAGAAGGCAUAUGAUGCUUUACACUUGAUCUCUGAAUUUCAGCCGCCGUCUGCACCCAGCAUUUCAAUGCAACUCCUCUCACAUCCCCACUCCCCUGCCCUGGUGCAACAUUUGAGAAAAAGCUGUUGUAAAUUUAUUUUGUGUGUUUAUUUGCAGGUUGUCAACGAUGAUGGUGCUCUUCUUCCUUGUGCAAUUAAUGCUGCUUGUGCUGCACUUGUUGAUGCUGGAAUAUCUCUGAAGCAUCUUGCUGUUGCAAUAUGCUGCUGCUUGGCUGAAACAGGAUGUGUUAUAUUGGAUCCUACAAAACAAGAAGAGCAGAAAAUGAAGGCAUUUGUGUAUUUGGUGUUCCCAAAUUCUGUGCUAUCAGUUCAAGUUUCAGUCCCUACAAAUGCCGAGCCAAUGGAGCAUGGAAUUAUCACAUCUGUUACUCAUGGAGCAAUGUCAGUUGAGGACUAUUUCUAUUGUCUCAAGAGUGGACGAGCUGCAACAGCAAAACUCUCUAAUUUUCUAAGAAGCCGUCUGCAAAAUCGACUUCCAAGUGAUUUGCUCGCGGACACCUGAUAUUUGGCGAGUUGAACUGUAUGAUUUCAGUCGUUAGGAGAUGAAUUAACUUUCACAAUGUUUAUCCUUCUCAUUGUAUGUACAUCAUGUGGUAUGAACUGUGCGUUUUCUUAUAUUUAGAGUCACUAUUAAAAUGUUGCUGCAAUUUCUGCAGGUAAUUUACUGUCACUGUCUUUGUUGAUUAAUUCAUAUUUAUGGGUUAUCAGGUGACAUUAAGUUUAUUUACCGCACAAAUCUUAUGUGUUC